GGCCUGCAGGGAGCAGCCGCGAGCCGGCCGGGCGCGCAGAGACCGAGCCCCAGCCGGAGCGGGGCGGGGGAGGGAGGAGCCAGAGCGGCCGCCGCCUCUGCCGGAGGAGCCGCGGGGCCGCCACACUCGCCCCCCGCCCCCCCGCGCUCACUCGCACUCACACCCGGGCGCAGGAGGCGGGCGGCCCGGGCCCCACCGGCCCCCCAUGGACGCCCCCGGCACGGGGCGCUGAGACCCCCGCGUCGCUGCCCAGCCCUGUCCAGCGCGCCACGCCGAGGGAUCUCUGUACAGGACAAGACUCCGAAGCUACUCCCCCAGCCCAGAACCCAGGACCCCCUUGCAGACCCAGCUUGCCCCCAGCCCUCCCACCUGCCACUCCCUGGCCCCUCCCACCACCCGCCCCUCCUGGGGUGCAGGGCAUGGUGUGAAAGGCCAAGUGCUGAGGGCGGGUACCAUGGGUGCUGUGCCCUAGGGCCUGGGUGGCGGGGGGUGGGUGGCUUGUGGGUGUGCCGGGGGGGCCAGUGUGCCCACCCCAGUCUCUUGGCGUGCUGGAAGGCAUCCUGGAUGGAAUUGAAGUGAAUGGAACAGAAGCCAAGCAAGGUGGAGUGUGGGUCAGACCCAGAGGAGAACAGUGCCAGGUCACCAGAUGGAAAGCGAAAAAGAAAGAACGGCCAAUGUUCCCUGAAAACCAGCAUGUCAGGGUAUAUCCCUAGUUACCUGGACAAAGACGAGCAGUGUGUCGUGUGUGGGGACAAGGCAACUGGUUAUCACUACCGCUGUAUCACUUGUGAGGGCUGCAAGGGCUUCUUUCGCCGCACAAUCCAGAAGAACCUCCAUCCCACCUAUUCCUGCAAGUAUGACAGCUGCUGUGUCAUCGACAAGAUCACCCGCAAUCAGUGCCAGCUGUGCCGCUUCAAGAAGUGCAUUGCUGUCGGCAUGGCCAUGGACUUGGUUCUAGAUGACUCUAAGCGGGUGGCCAAGCGCAAGCUGAUCGAGCAGAACCGGGAGAGGCGGCGAAAGGAAGAGAUGAUUCGAUCACUGCAGCAGAGACCAGAGCCCACUCCCGAAGAGUGGGAUCUGAUCCACGUUGCCACGGAGGCCCAUCGCAGCACCAAUGCCCAGGGCAGCCACUGGAAGCAGAGGCGGAAAUUCCUGCCGGAUGACAUUGGCCAGUCACCCAUCGUCUCCAUGCCGGACGGAGACAAGGUGGACCUAGAGGCCUUCAGCGAGUUUACCAAGAUCAUCACCCCGGCCAUCACCCGUGUGGUGGACUUUGCCAAAAAACUGCCCAUGUUCUCCGAGCUGCCUUGCGAAGACCAGAUCAUCCUCCUGAAGGGGUGCUGCAUGGAGAUCAUGUCCCUGCGGGCGGCUGUCCGCUAUGACCCCGAGAGCGACACCCUGACACUGAGUGGGGAGAUGGCCGUCAAGCGGGAGCAGCUCAAGAAUGGUGGCCUGGGUGUAGUCUCUGACGCCAUCUUUGAACUGGGCAAGUCACUCUCUGCCUUUAACCUGGAUGACACGGAAGUGGCUCUGCUGCAGGCUGUGCUGCUAAUGUCAACAGACCGCUCGGGCCUGCUGUGUGUGGACAAGAUCGAGAAGAGUCAGGAGGCGUACCUGCUGGCGUUUGAGCACUACGUCAACCACCGCAAACACAACAUUCCGCACUUCUGGCCCAAGCUGCUGAUGAAGGUGACUGACCUCCGCAUGAUCGGGGCCUGCCACGCCAGCCGCUUCCUCCACAUGAAAGUCGAGUGCCCCACCGAACUCUUCCCCCCACUCUUCCUCGAGGUCUUUGAGGAUCAGGAAGUCUAAAGCCUCAGGCGGCCAGAGGGUGUGCGGAGCUGGUGGGGAGGAGCCUGGAGAGAAGGGGCCGAGCUGGGGGCUGAGGGAGACCCCCCACCUCUUCUCUCCUUCCUCUCACCCUCGGAUAGAUUCAGCUCCCACACACACACCCGCACUGCCCAGGUCCCUCCUCAGCACCUCCAGCCCUGGGACAGGGCAAACAAAUGAACUUGCUAUGAAAAGGACAGUGUGGGAGGCUGGGGGGCCCCGUCCUCUCAGAAGGUAGGGGAAGGGAGGGAGAACCGAGAGGGACAAGCCAUCUUGACCAUAGUAGGGGAAGGAGGAAUGCGGGAUGGGGGAAGAUGCCCCCGACUCAGCCCCUACACACAUAGGAGAGAGAGCCCCCCACCCAGCUCCUUGGCCUCGGUUUCCCCUCUAGGCUGGGGCCUCUCUACUUCCCCAGAUGCCUGGGUGCAAAGAACGGCUUGGCUUGGCUCCUCCCUUGGAGGUUAAAAAUUAUAGUCAUUCUAACUGCACUUUGGAAACCAAGCAAGGGGAAAAGAUAAAUGAAGAAACACUAGACAGAGAGAAAAAGACGAAAAAGAGAGAGUGAGCGAUAGAGAGAGAGAGAGAUGAUAUUAAAUUAUUAACUGAGGCUGGCCAGAGGGGAGGGACCCCCCCCUUACCACCCCAUGCACUUUGAGAGCUGCCCCUCCUCCCCCCACAUCAGAGAAAUGCCCCACACACCAGAUCCCCAAGGGUAGGGCUGCCGAUCAGAGCUGUGAGAACACAACAGGGUCCUGGCCACCCCCUUGCCUUGCCCGCCCUCUGUGCCCGUCGGCACCCCCGCCCCAGUACGUCCUCUGCUCUCUGCCGCUCGUGCCCGCUGAGUUCCAUCUACCUCUCAUGCUGGAUGCCAGCUGGCCCCUCACCAGCCUGCCCUGCUGCCCGCACAGCUACCCUUUCAAGUGCCCAGCCCCAGGGGCCUCUCCCUGUCCCCCUCCUCCUUCCCCACCUUGGCAGCCACACAGGAAAAACUGUGGCUCCGGCUCCUACCCACCUCAUAUCCUGCAGUAUUAGCUACAAUCCAGAUGCUGCUGCGUUGGGGGGGUUUGGGAGGCUGUGCGUGAGUGUCCCCCAGAGCCUCACCCCUUUAGGUCUCUGUUUCCCUGUUUCCUGUCUUCUGGGCUCUCUCUAACCUCUGCCCUCCUUCCCAACUCCCACUCAAUGCACUAACCCAGACUCUGGGCGGGCAGGCACCAGAUUGGGGGUGUUUAGAUAAAUGGCACUUAGUUGGGGCCCUGGGCAAAGGUGUGGUUGGUGCUCCUUCUUUUAUCUUUCAAGCUCUUUAGGCCCACCACCCCUCUGCCCCUGGGACCUUCCCCCUUCUUUUCUCUAAUUCAGGGACUUUGGCUUGAGCCUCCUCCCACCCUCCUGGUGGGGAGUGCUCUGUUGGUCUGCACUUGGGUGAGCUGCCCUCCUCCUCCUCGCUUUGGCUGCCCCCUCCUGCUUCUCAAGGGAGGGGGGAAAGGAGGGGGAGGGACAGAGCAGACCAGAGUGCCCUGGGCUCAGGGCUGCAUGUCGGCAGGGAUGGAUGGGUGGACAUAGAUGCCCCCGGAAGCCAUGGGGAAUGGGGCAGGGGGCGGGGGGAGGGGUGCCAGGGCUUCCCGCGCUUUGCACUAUUGGGGCAAAAAUGUCUUAAGCAGUGGGGAGCCUGCCACCCCACCCUGACCGUCGGCCUGCCACAGCCCCCUACACACACAGACACACACACACACAUACACACGCAGGCACACACACAUGGGAAGGCAGUACUAUGCUGCCCAUUAGGGCAACAUCCUUCCCACCCUGUUUGAGCGUUCCAACAGGGAUGGAGGGCCUGGAGGAGCAUCCACUGUCACCUGUGCAUGUGCCUGUCCCACCCUGCUCUGGGGCCCUGGGCUGCCUGAGCUGUCUUUGUCUGACUAUCUUCUCUCUCUCUCCUGGGGUACUGAUUCCUGUGUUACUCCAGUCCCAUGGGUAGGCCCUCCCGUACCUUCCUCCCACACCUGGGGGCCCAGUGGAAUUCCUGACCUGUCUACUGUCUCCCCCAUUCCUCUCCCCAUCUCUACCCUUCCAUCCCCAUCCUCAGCCAUGGACACGGUGUAGAAAAAGGCCUUGAAGAGCCUUGGCCUCUUACAGGCACCUGGGACUCCUCCCACCCUCCCCAAUCAUAUGAGCUGUGAUUCCCCUCCCCCUUCCCCUCCCUCUUGGUGAUGUGGGUUGUAUGUGUGUGUUUUCUGCGUGAAUGUGUGAGUGAGUAUACGUGGUAGGGGAGGAGCCAGGGAGACUCAGGAGUGCCACGCACCUGCUCUAGAGAGGCAGCUGUCCCGUCCCUGCAGAAGUAGGGGACAGGGCCCUCUCCUGGGGGCCAUUGGUGCUAAUGAGGGGGAUGGCCUUGAUGUGGGUGCUUAGCAUGCCUCCCCCACUAUUGGCCCGGGGCACUAGGGCAGGCAGGGUGGGGCAGCAGGUGCAGUAUUGGUGGGAGGACAGGUUGCUGGGAAUAGGAUGAGGGGGCCAGGCCAGGACAAGGGGGUGCCAGAGCCAUGACCACUACCCCACCCCCACCACCCGCCUCUCCAUCUCAGUAUUCCCCCUCCCAUCACUCAUAACACACAUACCUCAUCCAGCCUCCUCCCUGCUCAGACUUGGGGAGGGUGGGGGAGGAGCCCCACCCCUUCCCCUGGUGGCGGGUCUGCAGGGCUGGGAGACGGCAGGGUGUGUGACAGAGACACCGUCCAUAAGGGGGACAAUAUCUCCUGCCCUGGGAACUCCUGGGUGGGGGGAGGGGGACACUGCCCAGAGGCGCUACUGAAUGUAAGAAGCUGGUGCUGGGGUAGGAGCAGGGGGUUGUGGCCAGAAACAGGGAAGGAGGUAGGUCCCUACCCCAGGGAGGGGUGAGACCUGUAGGGGUGACUCGGAGGGGCUCCUACUCCUGCCCCACGUUGACAAUCAGUAUGUCUGUUAUGUGCGAUUUUUCACCCCGUUGUGUUUUGGGUCAGGAUUUUAAAGAAAGAUAUUUUUAUGGUAAUUGUUGCUCGUCUAUUUUACUAUAUAUUUAUGUAAUAAAUAUAUGAUGAAAAUAACCCCCUUUGGCACCCCCCCUUA